AUGGUCCCGUCACUUCUUGGACUUGUGCUCCUUCUCCUGCCUCUCGUCGCAGCCCUCCCGGCUCACGUGGUCCCUCGCUCCGGACCUCCCAUCGUCAACGCGGGCGCCAAGGACAUCAUCCCCAACAAGUACAUCGCCGUCUACAACAGCUCCUUCAGCAGUGACGCCAUCAACGCCCACUUCACCAGUUUCUCCACGGCUCUGAAGAAGCGCAACCUGCAUAAGCGUGGCCUGAACGGUGUCCUGCUCUCCACCGAUGUCGUGUCUUUUCACAUGGCGGCCUGGCACGCCAUGGCCUUCGAGGCCGACGACUCCACCAUCAACGACGUCAAUAACGCUGACGAAAUCGCCUAUGUGGAGGCUGAUCACUGGGUCACCACUCAGGAAGCCGUCAUGCAGACGAACUCGCCCAUCGGUCUGAACCGCCUCUCUCACGCCCAGGCUGGCCAGAAAGGAUACGUCUUCGACUCGUCGGCCGGUGAGGGGGUGACCUGCUACGUCGUCGAUACCGGCGUCAUGACCGAGCAUUCCGAGUUUGAGAAUCGUGCCAGCUGGGGCGCCAACUUUGUGGACCUGAUCAACCGGGAUGAGCAAGGCCACGGCAGCCACGUUGCGGGAAUCAUCGCUGGUGCCACUUUUGGUGUCGCGAAGAAAGCCAAGAUUGUCGCCGUCAAGGUCCUCGACGGCAGUGGUCAGGGACAAAACUCCAACAUCAUCAGGGGCCUGCAGUUCGUCGCAAAUCACGCGACCCAGAACAACCUCAGGGGCAGGGCCUGCAUGAACAUGUCGCUCGGAGGUUCCAAGUCGCCCGCCCUCGACGCCGCCGUCGAACAGGUCGCCGCCGCUGGCGUCAUCCCCAUCGUGGCCGCUGGCAACGAAAACCGAGACACGGCAAACAUAUCGCCUGCCUCUGCACCAGCUGCCAUCACCGUCGGUGCCAUCGACGCCAACACCGAUCAGCGGGCCGGCUUCUCCAACUUUGGUCAGCACGUCGACAUCUACGCCCCCGGCGUCAACAUCCUCUCGGUUGGCACCCGCAGCAACAUCGACCAGCGGGUGCUCAGUGGCACCAGCAUGGCCUGCCCUCAUGUUGCCGGCCUCGUCGCCUACCUCAUCACCCUUGCUGCGAAAACCUCGCAGGGUGCUUAUGGUAAUUUCGACAUGGGUACUCUGCUUAAAAUCCUCGCCUCCCGGACAGGCGCUCAAGUAGUCAACAACGUCCAGGGGACCACGUCGCUCAUCGCCAACAAUGGCAACGCAAAAUAA